AUGAUCACCGUCAUCACCGAGGAUGACCGCACCUUCCCCAUCGACGUGGACGCCUCCAUCGAGAUCGAAAACUUACUCGCGCUUCUCGAGGACGACUCGUCGAUCCCCGUAGAUCAACAGCAGCUUCUCCACCGAGGCAAGCCGCUCGACGAUCCAAAAGCUACACUCGCCAGCUGCGGCGUCCAGAACGAUGACCUGCUCAUCCUGCGCGAUCGACGCAAUGUCGCUUCCGCAUCGGCUUCGACGUCGGCCAACGCUGGCUCACGCGCGCUCUCGGAAGAGCAGGCGGCAGAACAGAUCCGCCAGCAGAUCCUGUCCAACCCGCAGAGCCUCGCCCAGCUGCGCGCCAACAACCCGCAGCUCGCCGACGCCGCCCUCAACUCACCCUCGCGCUUCCUCGAGCUCGUUCGAAGCGCCACCCAGCGCGGCGGCGGCGGCGGCGGCGACUACGACUCUGGCCUCCAGGACAUCACCGACGAGUUUGACAUUGACGCACAGCGACGCAUCGAGGAGAACAUCCGCCAGCAGCGCGUCAUGGAGAAUCUCGAGCAUGCCAUGGAGUACUCGCCCGAGUCGUUUGGCCGCGUCACCAUGCUCUACGUCGACUGCAAGGUCAACGGCACCGACGUCAAGGCGUUUGUCGACUCGGGCGCGCAGGCCACCAUCAUGUCGCCCGAGUGCGCCGAACGAUGCGGCAUCAUGCGGCUGCUCGACACGCGCUUUGCCGGCAUCGCACGCGGCGUGGGCACCGCCAAGAUCCUCGGCCGCGUCCACUCGGCGCAGCUCCAGCUCGGCUCCACCCUCUUUCUCCCCUGCGCAUUCACCAUCAUGGAGGGCAAGGGCGUAGAGAUGCUGCUCGGCCUCGACAUGCUCAAGCGCUACCAGGCCAACAUCGACCUCGCCAAGAACGCGCUUGUGAUCAACGACCAGACCAUCCGCUUCUUGGACGAGCACGAGCUGCCGGCCGAGGCAAGUGCAGAGUACGAGAUCGGCCAAGACGGCAAGCCCAAGCCCGUCAGUUCAGGAACCACGAGCGAGGGCGUGGCGAGUGCAAAUGCAAAUGCGGCAGCAGCAAAGUUCCCCGGUUCCGGUCAGUCCGUGGGCUCGGGCUCGAGCGCUGCUGCAGAGGGUCGGCGCAUGCACGAACAUGGAUGGAGCUUCAGCCAUCCGCCCCAGCAAGCUUCGGCGUCAGCAACACAACAGCAACGCAGCGCACCACAGGCGCCACCGCAGCAACGAGCGCAGGCGUGGCCACAAGCAUCGCUCACCGCGCUCACCGAUCUGGGCGCUUCGCCCCAACAGGCGCUCGAGCUGCUCAAUGCCGCCAACGGCAAUGUCGAAGUCGCCGCCAGCCUGCUCUUCCAGCAAUGA